AUGUCGAUCCGCCGCCUGGGCGCUUCGGAUUUUCGCGGAGUCCGCGAGCGCCGCUCCGGCGCCUUCUCCUCCGAGAUCUGGUUUCACGAGAAACGUCUCAUCCUCGGCACCUUUGACACCGCAGAGGAGGCGGCCCGCGCGCACGACGCGGCGGCGUGGCCCCUCCUGAGGCCUCGUCGGGAUAUGAAUUUUCCCGACGUGGCGAGCCAGCGGGCGCAGGAUCAGGCGCCUCUCCCGCGGCUUUUCACCGACGAGGAUCGUCGUGUCCAUCGGAGGCGGCAGCGUCGCCUCGCCAUCGCCGAGAUGGACGUGCAAACCUUGGUGCUGUGGCAAAGGAGGUUGGAGAGGGACGCGAGAAGGAGGGAGCGAGCCGCCUAUCGGGAGGACAAGCGUUCGCGGAAGCAGGCAGCUCAAUUGAAACUGAAGCUACGAGAAACGUCGGGUUGGGACUUUGAAGACGAGCAGCAUGCUGACGCCUACAUUUAG